AAUCGGUUCAGUCGCUGUCCAGUCAUCCAUCGUUUUAGUGAUAUUCUUAUUUUCUCCUCAUUAUUUCGCGGCGUGUAUCGUAAUCCAAGUUUUACUUGGCCAGAUAUCCGGUUCCAGUGGCAGCCGAUCGUGGAUAUUCCAGCAAAGAAAGAAGAUCUGUAAGCUGGGUUUCGUUUUUUCGAAAUUUUUGAGACCAAACAGCAAAAAUUUGGAGGAAUAAAGUGCGGAAAAGCUUUGUGGAGCUGAGUCGUUUGGUGGAAAACUUAUGAGCAAUAUUCAGAGCAGGCGAAAUUGGAAAACAAAAGUAGAGUGUACCAAAACAGUUGCGACCGAAGUCAGGGAGAAGAAUUUGGGGAGCUAACGGAAAUAAAUCUAGCAGAUUAAUCUUGCAGAACAAAAGUGCCACAAUUACACCGGUGCGUAGGAGUGACGAAAGAUUAAUAGCUUCGCCCAGAGAGCGUCCGGUGACAGAUAAUCAGUGAAGAAUUUGAGUGGAACAAGGGGAAGACAACCGGUGUGUCGCAAAUCUAGAGCAAAAGUCCAAAUAGGGAAUCGCCACGAUGCGUGAAUACAAGAUUGUCGUGCUCGGAAGUGGAGGCGUUGGCAAAUCCGCCCUCACAGUGCAGUUUGUUCAGGGUAUAUUCGUGGAAAAGUACGACCCAACGAUAGAGGACAGCUACCGCAAACAGGUUGAGGUGGACGGUCAACAAUGUAUGCUGGAGAUUUUGGACACCGCUGGAACGGAACAAUUCACGGCGAUGCGAGAUUUGUACAUGAAGAAUGGGCAGGGUUUCGUGCUGGUGUACUCCAUCACUGCACAAUCGACGUUCAACGACCUGCAGGACCUCCGGGAACAGAUCUUGAGGGUGAAGGACACUGACGACGUUCCGAUGGUUCUGGUCGGUAACAAGUGCGAUCUAGAGGACGAACGAGUAGUCGGCAAGGAGCUAGGUAAAAGUCUCGCCAAUCAGUUCAACUGUGCAUUCAUGGAAACGUCAGCCAAAGCCAAAAUUAAUGUUAACGACAUUUUCUACGACUUAGUUCAACAAAUUAACAAAAAAUCCCCCGAAAGAAAACCCAACAAAAAGAAGAAAUCAUUAUGUGCGUUGCUCUAAGUAAGCUUAUAUUAUAAUUACUACUAAUAAUUAAAAGUAAUAAUUUCGAGAGAAAAGUGUUGCAAGAAAAAGGAAGAUGCAAACCUGAAUCGGGGCUGGUAAAGUAAGGUUUAAACCACAAAAAAAAAAAAAAAAAGUAACAGACGACGAAUGGUUCGUUAAAAUUUAGUAAGUGAACUAAAGGAAAGUUAUGAACAUUAUAUUAAUAUAAAUUGAACAACCGGGCUGGAAAGGCGUUAGUUAGAAAUGCCGCAAGGAUUGGCGAUGGCUCGACAUCGAGAAUGUGUAAGCGAUGGAAGCGAGAGAGAGAGUGAGAGAUAGGGAGAAAAAGAGGGCGAGAAAGAGAGAGCAAGAGCGUGAAAAUGCGAAUGAAAAAAAAACAGUUGUUAGCACCGGCAAAGUAUCAUUUCAGUGAGACAGCAAGAUCACUACUUAUUUGAUAGUUUUAUUAAAGUAUGAGAUACAGCGCCAGAAAGUGAAACUAUUAUGGAAACAGAAGGAAUUUUGCGUGGUACAACAAAACUGCACACACAGAUGAUUGACUAUCCCAUAUCGCAUGCAAAAAAAAAGAUUGUGUGAAAUUGUCUAACCGAGAAAAAAGAAAAUACAACGUGUCGUAAUGUUUUUCAUCACCGCCAUCAUUGUUAAUUGUGAUCCUUUCGCUUUGUUCGCGUAACCAUUAUUAACAAACAAAGAAAAGCAUGCAACUGAAGUCAAGAAACAUAAAAAUAGAUUCUCUUUGGAAAAGCACUGAUCUAUUUCUUUCCUAUCGUGAGACGUGUGGUUACUCUUUUUCUAAAACCGUGAUUCAUCGGCUUCCAAUUUAUAUACAUUUUUUACCUUCUCUAGCUACAUGGAAUUACGAUUUUCUAUUAAAAAUGCUGUUAUUAACUUUCACACGGAGCCUCAGAUUCACACGAAGCAAAUUACCCAAAUAAAAAAGAGUUCUGAAAUUUCAAGUGGAAUAUAUGUUAAGAGUGUAAUGUCGACGGACUUGUAUCAAAAGGCGAUCAAUGAUUAAAUAGAAUCUAGUAUUGACACCGUGUAGAUGACGUGUUUCCCGAAGAAAAAAAUAACACAAAAACCCGAAAACAAGAGACUUCUCCGGAUAACAUAGUUGUUCAAAGGAUAAAAAAAUAUAAAGUUUACGCAACGUAAGUACACACAACAACAAAAAAAAGAAGAAAACAACAACCAACAAUCAUCUACCGAAUCCGUAUCAUAUUAUAAAUAACAAA